AUGAACGAAAUGGAAGGUAAGGAACCCUAAAGGAGAAGAGUGCCUCCUCCAGUUCCAAAAUUUAGACCUUAACCUGUUGAGAAUGCUUAGAUCAAUGCAGCUAUGCAAAAUUUCUUUGCAGAAAUAUAACAAGAAGUGGAACCUACAUAAACUGUAGAGACAGCUCCUUCGCAAUAGAGUAAUGCAGCAAAUCAAGUUUAAUAAUCACAGGCUCAAUAAGUCUAAUAAUAAUAAUAAUAACCAUAGCAGCUACCAGCUAGUAAAGACUUAUCUCAUUUAAAUAAUAAGUUGAGCAGCAUUCUUCGUGUUUGCAAGAACUCAACAAAGUUGACUCCAAUAGUGAAUAAGCCUCAAGAGUAUGAUCCAAGCAGACCGAAUGAUUAUGAGGAAUUGAAAAGGUAGAUGAAUCAAUCGGAGACAUAAAAUGAACAGCCGUAGCCAUAAUAAAUAGAAGAGGAGACAGAGCCCUCUUAUGACGAGGUGGAAUUGGGAUCUGGAGAGGAGAAGGCUUUGAAAAUGAUGGAGAAAUUCGGAUAUAAAUUUGGUUUAGGAUUGGGGAAAUACAAUUAGGGGAUUCAGAAUCCAAUAGAAGUGAUAAAGACUUCGAAUAGUGUUGGAGUGAUUGAAGUCAGUUCGUUGGAUUUUACAGACUUACUUCCAUAAAAUGUAGUGUUUAGAAAAACCUUCGAACAGCAUAAAUAAUAGCCCACAAACAUAUUAGUGUUGUUGAAUGCUAUAACAGCAAAGGACGUUGAUGAAUAUUUUAAGGAUGAUAUAAAGGCGGAGUUAGGGAAGUAUGGGUACAUCAAGAAAAUUCAUGUUCAUAUAAAAGCUGAAUUGGAGGAGGACAUGCAAGUGCGAGUGUUUAUCGAAUAUGCAAAUAAUGAGGAAGCAAUGGCAGCGUUUUUGGCAGCAGAUUAACGUGUGUUUGGAGGUCGAAUAAUGACAUGUCGAUUCUAUUCAAUUGAAAACUUUAAUGAUGGACUAUAUGAUGUGGAAUUAUGAGUAUUAAUAUAAAUUGGUCACACAAAUACUAUCUUUUUCA